UGUUCGGCGCUUCGCUGCUCGCCAGUCGCUGCCCUCCGCGGCUUCUCCGACGAGAAAAGUUGCGGAAAGAGAGAAAGUGCGCCAGGGCUACCGUGGGGGCUCUGCCGCCGAGCGCGACGAGCGUGCGUUGUGCGUCCCGCAGACGUCGGCAGCGGCGGCGCGAUGCGGCCCCUGGACGUGGUGGAGCUGGCGGAGCCCGAGGAGGUGGAGGUGCUGGAGCCCGAGGAGGACUUCGAGCAGUUCCUGCUGCCCGUCAUCCACGAGAUGCGCGAGGACAUCGCGGCGCUGACGCGCGAGCGCGGCCGGGCGCACGCCCGCGAGCGCGGCAAGCUGUGGGAGAUGGACAAUCUGCUCAUCCAGAUCAAGACGCAGGUGGAGGCCUCGGAGGAGAGCGCGCUCAACCACCUGCAGAGCGCCGCCGACGGCGCGCAGGCGCGGCCCGGCCCGCGGGGCGACAAGGCGGAGGAGAAGGCGCAGGAGGUGGCGAAGAUGGCCGAGAUGCUGGUGCAGCUGGUGCGGCGGAUAGAGAAGGGCGAGUCGUCGUGAGGGGGGCCCGCGGUUUCCAGCCAAUGGAUUCUGGCCAAGUGAUGGAGAUUGGCUGACGCCUGGAGAAGCUGAAACCAGAGAGCCUUUUGUUUUCCCUUCUUUCUCUGUCUGCACUCUGUCCUCCUUACACUACGUUUCUGCUCUGACCCGUGGUUGAUGACCUCAAUAUAAGUUUUGAUCGUUAGAUGUUUUUGUUUGGGGAAUUAACUUUGUUUCUGAAACACUCACAUACAGGAAUUAGGGCCUAGAUUGUAAGCUCUUGCGGCAGUCACCUUGGUUUCUGGGCUUUGGUUAUGCUUUCUAAAUUUUUGAGACGCUUUGCUCUUUCUUGUGUGCCCUGAUCACUCCUGGCACUUUGGGUCUGUGACGUGAGAGACUCGAGGUCUGCGGCUCUGGAGGUGCAGAGGAGCCGCCUGGGAAGUUGACUGUGCAGCAGCUUCCCCUGGGAGUGCGAGGGGCCUGGUCCCAGAGGACUACUGGACGGGAGGAGGAGGGGUGGCGCUGUCUGUACUGAGGACUUUAAUUUCUGUGUGAGACCAAAGGAGGAGAGAUGUGUUCUGUUCGCAGCUGAAACUCUGACUGCACCGCAUGAUGUGACCUGUCUGGUGAGUCUGUGUGGACAGCCUAGCUCAGCCCUGAUUCCACGGAGCCCAGCCUAGGGCAAGCGAUCCUGAUGUGUGUACAAGCUGAUGUCGCGGGAGGUUGUGGCGCAAAGCAGAAGCCAUUUGCAAAGGCCUUCGCGGACUGCAGGAAGACGUGGAGCAGUCGACCUUGGACCUGGCCUGGUCAGUGAAGAGGCAUCUUCCAAGUUCCUGUGUUGUCCAGCUGUUCAGUUUAUUUGAGUAGCAGACCUGAUGAGUACUUGAGGUCAAACCCUACCAUGUUUAAAAAAAAAAAAAAAAAAACUUUAACCAUGUUAAUAAAAGUAUUCAUUUGCUUGGAAAAA